AUGGCCGAGGAACAACUCAACCGACGUCUGCCGCGCGGGGCCAACUCCGAAAUCCUUGAACUGCGUCGCCAGCAUGGCCUGGACGUUCUUCGGAUCGCAGGUGAAGACGGUCUCGCGGCCCAGCUGCGUCACGCAGAAGGUGUCGACCGUACGGCCGGCGCGGGCGCACAUGCGGUCGUAGCGGCGCUGGAACAGCCGUGGCAGCUCAUACUCUUUCAAAGCGUGGAGGACCUCGCGGAGGGUGUUGAUGCCCAGGAGGUCGCUGGGAUAGAACGGGGCGGGCUGGCAGCGCCAUGCGCGGGCGUUGCGGGCGUGGUGGAUGCGAGUGUAGACGAGAUGCAGCGAUGCCACGAAGACGAUGGCUGCCAGGACCAAGAAGUAGUUCAUUUUGGUGAGGUCUGGUGGUGUUGA